AUGGCCAAUCAACACCUCAUAGAAUACGAUUGUUACUUCCUACAAGCCCUCAAUGAAAAAUAUGGCAGCAGUACCGCCCGAUUUCGGACCAUUGCCAUGCAUCAUAUCGGAGCCAUUGGAAUAGUUGUCAUAAGUCCCUAUGCAUCAAAAUUCUAUCAUAUAAGGCUAGCACAAGCCGGGUGUGGGUAUGCAAAAUCGUCACUCAAAGGAGGCGUCGGGGUUAGGAUGGCAUAUCACUCCGAGGGAGGGAAUGGUAGUUAUGAAAAUGAGAGUGAGAUUUCUGUUGCGGUGGUUCAUUUAUCAGCAUAUGAGGGAGAAGCAUAUUAUCGAACGAGAAAUGAUGAUAUUUUGACAAUUAUGAGAGCGAUGGAUUUUGGAGAUGGAUAUGGAUUGAUCAAACCCAGAGGGCAUGUUUUUGUGCUUGGUGAUUUGAAUUAUCGGACAAGAGUUGAUGAGGAAGGUAUGAAGAAGCUAUUAGCUAUGUCUGAUGAAUCGAGUAGUAAUGGUGGUGAGUCGGCUUAUGAAUUGAACUUGAAGUUUGAUGAGUUGACAAAUGGAAUGAGAAAGGGUGAUAUCUUCUUGGGGUUUCAGGAAGCUAAAAUUGAGUUCCAACCUACAUAUAAAUUUGUUCAUAAUACUGCUAUAUAUAAUUGGAAACGGUCGCCUCUGUGGUGUGAUAGAAUCUUGUAUCAGGCGACCUAUGAAGGUGCUGACCGAAAUACUUUACGAGAACUAAAUAAAGGUGAAGGUGAGGCUAAAGACCCUCUGCUUCCUCAUGUAUCAAAGUAUCACUAUAUUGAUUCACUUAUGGGAUCAGAUCAUAGACCGGUUUAUUUGUGGAUAACUGUCCCCAUUUCUCCGCCUGAACCUAUUAUAUCGUCGGCAGGAUAUUUACAAAUAAUAGGAACUGAAUCAAUUGAAUUAAUUCGAGCUGAAGAGGAAGUAGAGUUGGAAAAUAUGGAUGUAAGGAACACUUUAUUAAGUGGCCCUACUCUGAUUUAUUUAAAGCCUACAAAAUACGAUUUUUUAAUUCAAAAUAUUGUUAGACCUUCCAGUGAUUCAAUAAUUGGAUAUGGUUUAUGGUUUAGUACUACACGCAAAGGUAGGUUGACAUUGUUGGCCAUUCUCCUUGUCUUGUGGUUUUUAAGAUUGUGGUAUUGA